AUUCUGCAGGGCUGUGUGACUUUUGAGGAUGUGGCUAUUUCCUUUUCCCAGGAGGGAUGGAGCCUCCUUGAUGAGGCUCAACGGCUCUUGUACUGCAAUGUAAUACUGGAGAACUUUGCAGUUAUAGCCUCAUUAGGUAUUUGGCACAGAAUGGAGGUCCAGGAAUCACCUUCUGAGCAUAGUGUUUUUGUAGAAGGACUGUCGCAGGACAGAAAUCCUAAAGCUGGACUUAUACAUCAGAGAAUUCACACUGGAGAAAGAUCUUAUGUGUGCAGUAACUGUGGAAAAGCCUUCAGCCACAAAACCAGAUUUAUUCAGCACCAGAAAAGCCAUACUGGAGAGAGACCAUACAAGUGCAGCGAGUGUGGGAAGUCCUUCAGCCAGUGUUCCAGCCUCCUUCAGCAUCAGAGAGUCCACACUGGAGAAAAGCCUUAUGAGUGCUGGGAAUGUGGGAAGUUCUUUAGCCAAAGUUCUAACCUCAUUCAGCAUCAGAGGGUCCACACUGGAGAAAGGCCAUAUGAGUGCAAUGAAUGUGGAAAAUGGUUUAGCCAAAGCUCCAGCCUCAUUAAACAUCGGAGGGUCCACACAGGGGAAAGCCCACAUGAGUGCAAUGAAUGUGGGAAGGCCUUUACCUACAACUCAAACCUAAUUAAACAUCACCGAAUUCACACAGGAGAAAGGCCUUAUAAGUGCAACGAAUGUGGAAAAUUAUUCAGUCACAUCUCCAGUCUCAUUAAACAUCAGAGGAUACACACAGGUGAACAGCCUUAUGAAUGUGGUGAGUGUGGGAGAUUCUUUAGCCAAAGCUCUAGCCUCAGCAACCAUCGGAGACUGCACACUGGUGAGCGACCUUAUGAGUGCACUGAAUGUGGGAAAACCUUCAGCCAAAGUUCUGACCUCAUAAAACAUCAGAGAGUGCACAGUGGUGAAAGACCUUAUGAAUGCAGUGAAUGUGGGAAAGCCUUUAGCCAAAGGUCUAAUCUGAUUCAACACCAGAAGCUUCACAAACCAGAUAGGCCUUAUUAG